AAAUAGAUGGCCUUUCUUCCACUUUCUCUUCAUCCAAACAAAUCAUCCCCCAUGGAAAAUUUUGUUUCCAAGCCUUGCUCUUCCGAGAGCUCUAGUAUCUCCGCCACCUCAUCCGAAGAAGUUAACGGCAGCAGCGAAGCAAUGAUAAUGAAGGCAAAAUUGAAGGGGAAAUUCACAGAAGAUCAAUCCGAGCCAACUCACCCUGGUCCGGAUUUGUGUCUUUCCAUUAAAGAGAGAUCACCAAGAGACCAAGGUUCAAUUCAUGGGUCGGAUGUGGAACUCAAGCUCUCUAACAUGAGCUCUUCUUAUCAAGCAUACCAAUCCGGCGCCUCUGAAAGUUUGGAGAAGGACUUUCAAGCAGUCAAACCCAAGGCUUUUACCUGCAGCUUCUGUAAAAAGGAGUUCUCAACGUCUCAAGCCCUUGGAGGUCAUCAGAACGCACAUAAACAGGAGCGUGCGAUGGCAAAACGACGUAAAGAGCUAGAUCUUGGAGGGGUAGGGCACCAGGCUUCGCCAUACCCUUACUAUACUUAUUCAAGUUUCUACUCUCGGCCCCCUCUGUAUGGAUCAUACAAUAGGGCAUUAGGGGUAUUAGAUCCCAAUCCCAUGAUCCAAAAGCCUCCUCCUCCGUCUUACCCGUGGAACGCAUUGGGGUAUCGGUUCAGCCAGGGUGGUGGAAUCAUGAUGGACGGCUUCCAAUCUCACCGAACUAACACUACUGCUGCUUUUCCAAGAACAAUGACAACCGGCUCCGGUGCUUCAGGAUCAAGCGGGGCAACCAGCAGUACGCCCAAUCUUUUUCCUCAGCAGAGAAGGGAUGAACCCGAUCAUGAUCCUCCUGAGGAUUCAGGACUUGAUUUGACGCUUAAACUUUAAUCCCAAAAAUUUGAAUCAAUUCAUUGUUAUAUUAUAGAUGCAUCCUAAGAUUGUUAUUAGGAGUUAAUUUGCUGUGUUUUAGGGUUUCUGUGUGAUCCUCAUGCUUAUGUUAAUGGAAUUUAUACUAUCUUUCUGUUGUUUAUUAUACCAAGUUUUCUUUGACUCCAUGGUUUGAGAUUGCUUGAACUUUUUUUUUUUUUUUUUUGACCCAUUGAAGCCAGAGGACACAGUUAAGGUUUACUAACAUAGAAAUUUCAUC